AUGACCCCCAAGAAACCAAAAGGUGAGAUGUCUGCUUAUGCCUUCUUUAUGCAGACAUGCAGAGAAGAAUGCAAGAAGAAAAACCCAGAGGUGCUUGUCAAUUUCACAGAAAUUUCCAAGAAGUGCUCUGAGAGGUGGAAGACAAUGUGUGGAAAAGAGAAGUCUAAGCCUGACGAAAUGACCAAGGUGGAUGAAGUACUCUAUGAUUGGGAAAUAAAGAAUUACGGACCAGCUAAGGGAGGCAAGAAGAAGGACCCUAAAGCCCCCAAAAGGCUACCACCUGGAUUCUUCCUGUUCUGUUCAGAAUUCUGCCCCAAGGACAAAUCCACAAACCCUGGCAUCUCUAUUGGAGAUGUGGCAAAAAGGCUGAGUGAGAUAUGGAAUAACUUGAGUGACAGUGCAUAGCUGCGACAUCACUACGGCAGCAAGCUGAAGAAGUGUGAGAAGGGUGUUGCUGACUCUAAGUCUAAAGGAAAGUUCGAUGGUGCAAAAGUUAAAGUUGCCUGGAAAAAGGUAGACGAGGAAGAGGAGGAGGAGGAAUUUAAAAACCUGUGUAUCCAUCUCCUUGUCAAUAUCUUAGAGCAGAGGAGUGUCAUAAUUCAGGGGUCCCCAACCCCCGGUCCAUGGACCAGUACUUGUCUGUGGUCCGUUAGGAGCCAGGCGUCACAGGAGGAGGUGAGCGGCAGGCGAGCAAGUAUUACCACCUGAGCCUCCUGUCGGAUCAGCGGUGGCAUUAGAUUCUGAACCCUGUUGUAAACUGCACAUGAGAGGGA